AUGACCUCGCUCGUUCUAGCCGUCGUCUUUCUGGCCCUCUACCUCAUCGUAUGGUCAAUAUGCCUCCUCGGUCUUCGCACAGCGCGGAAUCGCUAUGCGGGCUACACUCUACCCUCUCGACUCGUCUCCCAACCUCCCAAAGCCGUCCCCGGUGUCACCAUCAUCCGUCCUCUCUGCGGCCUCGAAGAUAACCUCUACAACGCUCUCGAAUCCACCAUGAAACUCGAUUAUCCAAAGUACCAAGUCAUCUUUGCUCUGCAGGGUGGAACCGAUGAGGCCCUCCCGGUGAUCAACAUGCUCUUACCCAAGUAUCCCGAUGUUCCCACCAGGACGGUCAUCAAUGAUGUCAAGGUUGGGGUCAAUCCGAAGAUCAACAAUCUGAUGAAACCCUUUGAAGAGGCCCAAUACGACCUUCUGUAUGUCAUCGAUUCGUCCAUGCACCUCGAUCCUGAUGCUCUCGGUCGAGCGGUCGAUGCUUUUAUAGAAAGCAAGUUUGGCACUACCACGUUUGAUAGUGAUAUAGAAUCUGCCCCGCCUAUCAGUGACGACUUACGCACACCACCUAGCCGAGGUCAGGUCGGUCUGGUACACCACGUUCCCUUUGCCUUGGUCUAUCAAAGAACAUGGGGAAGUCUGAUCGAGCAGGCUUUCCUCAAUACCACUCAUGCGAAAAUGUAUCUGGCCAUUAACGCCCUCGCCAUUGAUUCUUGUGUCAUGGGCAAGGCUAAUUUGUACUCCCGAGCCAACAUUGCCUCCCUGACCUCUCCUGCUCCCACCCUUCGCGCUUCUCUCAACCCUCCGACGGGCUUGGCGGGAUUCGGACCGUUUCUAGCGGAGGAUAAUAUGAUUGCCUUAUCUUUAUGGCACGAACUAGGCCUCAAGCAUGCCAUGACUAGCGACGUCGCUGUCGAUUUCCUGGGUGCCCUGUCCGUCCGUGGCUACAUCGACCGUCGUGUGAGAUGGAUCAGAGUGAGAAAACGAAUGACACCUUACCUCGUCACGGCUCUGGAACCGUUCACCGAAUCCGUGCUAUGUGGGAUCUAUGGAUCAUGGGCGAUUGCAAGGUUGCUAGGAGCCAACAAGAGCGCGUUGUUUGCGGUGCACAUGAUACUCUGGCUCAUGGUCGAUUUGGGGGUUCGGAGAGCGUUGUCGACACAUGUCAAAGGGAGACCGCCUGAGAGCACUUUGAUAUUCGUGUUGGCCUGGACGGCGAGAGAGUUGAUGACGUUGCCCAUCUUCUUGUAUGGCUUAGCUAGCUCUGAUGUUACAUGGAGGGGGAAGAGGUACAGGAUCGUACAGUCUGGUGAGGCUGUAAGAUUGGAUGAUGACACAUGA